AUGAAAAAAAUCAUUGCGGACCAGUUCUUUGAUAACGGGAUAUGACACAAAAGAAGGCCAACGUGCGUUGGAUUUUGCCUGUAGCCGUAGCCUGCCAGCAACGGACAAGCUUGCACAUUUUACUUCCUGCUUUCAAUUCAGCACCUCGAAAUGUUGAUUUACACAUUCCAAUCCCUUACCAUUUUCAUGUAUUGCCAGAGCUGUAUUUUGAAGGCACGGUUCUGCUCGAGGUGGCUCGUCAUCUCACUUACAUUCUUCUCAAAGCUAGUUGUGAUAUAGAUAGGAAAAUAUGAAAGGAAAAAAAUUGUAUUGUAGGGGCGGGAAUGUGAAAAUGAGAAAUUGGGGAGACUAAAAUGGUAAGAGAAAAAAAAAGGGAAAGAAAAGACUGGUGUGGUGGGGAGCAAAGGACAAAUGCCACCGAACGUUGACCUAAAUUCUCAACCGGAAGAGAAGAGGGCAGGCGGCAGGAGGCCUGGCAGGAAAGACGAAACCCUAGAGAGCCGCGAGAUACGAAUUGAAGCAACCAAUCAAUACAGAACAAAAAGGAAAGAAAUGAAAUUCUUAAGCAGGCCGCGUUGUUAAAAUGUAAAUUCUUUAUUAAAUUCAUUGAAUGUCUGUCUCUGUAAUAAAGCCCUUUGUUCUUCUGUUCUGCAGCUUCUUCCAUCACAUUCCUUUUCCUCCUGCUUCAUUUCAUUUCCAUCCUGAAGCCUACCUUUCCAUUUCUGCACACCAAGAAAUUACCCCCUACCAAAUUUGACCUUUCUCCCUGUCAACCUGGAUUGGCUCUGUCAAUCUCUGUCCUACAGAGACAAUUGAUUCGGAGUUCUUCCAGAGGGAUAUAAAAAGGGCUUUUUUUCUCUGGGUUCCCCUGUUUUUCUCCUUCUAAUUCUUUCUCCUCGUGUUCCCUGAUUCCUUAAAUUUGUAAAGUCGGGGGCUUUAUUCAUUUUCCGCACAAUAUUCAUCUCUUCCCGCUCUUUGUUGUCCUGGGUUUUGGCUUUUGUGGUCUCUCGUUUUCUUGAUCUUCCGGGGCAGCUGGGGGUUUUGAUCGAAGAGUCGGAAAGCAACUUGUUAUUUCUCCUGGGUUUUGUCUUUGAUUGCUGGUUUUUGCUAACUCCGUAGAUCCCUGAAGAAAAAAUUACAAUCGGGAAAUGGGAAAGCCAACGGGGAAGAAGACUACUCCUCAAUCUCCCAGAACGCCGAGAACGCCCAGAAGCGAUAGCAGCAAUAGCAACGUUAAGCAGCAGCCCAAGCUAUCUUCCGAUAAGUCUUCGAAGGCCUUUGACGAGGACACAGCAAUCUUCAUCAGCAUGGCACAGGAGCUCAAAGAAGAAGGCAACAGGCUGUUCCAGAAGCAUGACCAUGAAGGGGCCAUGUUAAAGUACGAGAAGGCUGUCAAGCUACUUCCCAAGAACCACAUCGAUGUUGCUUAUCUGCGCAGCAAUAUGGCCGGUUGCUAUAUGCAAAUGGGUCUUGGUGAGUAUCCUCGAGCUAUUAAUGAGUGUAAUUUGGCUUUGGAGGUUUCUCCCAAAUACAGUAAGGCCUUGUUGAAGAGAGCUAGAUGUUAUGAGGCCUUGAAUCGAUUGGAUUUGGCUUGGAGAGAUGUUAAGCACGUUUUGACCAUGGAACCCAGUAACUCUGCUGCCCUUGAGAGUCUGGAGAGUAUUAAACAGGCUAUGGCUGAUAAGGGUAUGAGUUUUGAUGAACAGUCGGUUGCUGCUGAGGAGGCAGAGAAGGUUGCUGGUGCCUCUCGUUUGCGGAAAGUUGUGAAAGAGAAGAUAAAGAAGAAGAAGAAGGGUGAUAAAGUAGAGGAGAAGAAGGCAGAUGAGAAGGAGAAAGUUGUUGUGGAGGAUAAGAAAGUGACUCCUGUGAUUAAGACGAAAGAGGUGAUUGUGAAGACUGUUCAGGCUGAGAGAGUGGUGACGAAAGAGGUUAAAGAAGAACAGAAGCCGGUUUCCAAGACCGUGAAGUUGGUCUUAGGGGAAGACAUAAGGUGGGCACAGUUGCCUGCGAAUUGUUCUGUUGGGUUGCUAAGGGAUAUAGUUCUGGACAGGUUUCCUGGCUUGAAAGGUGUUCUUGUGAAGUAUAGGGACCAAGAGGGUGAUUUGGUUACUAUUACGUCCACGGAUGAGCUGAAGUUAGCAGAAGCAUCUAUUGGUUCACAGGGAUCUCUUAAGUUCUAUGUUGUCGAGGUUAGUCUGGAUCUAGAGCCAGCUUAUGAGCGGACAAAGAAAGAGGAGAAUGGAAAUGUUGGCAGCCAGGAACAAACCCUUGUUGUUCCUGAGAAUGGGAAUGGUGGGGGAGGAAGCAAUGACCCCCAAAACGAGGCUGCUUCUAUCGAUGAUUGGAUUAUCCAGUUUGCGCGACUGUUCAAGAACCAUGUCGGGUUCGAUUCUGAUAGUUAUUUGGAUAUUCAUGAACUGGGGAUGAAGCUUUACUCAGAGGCAAUGGAGGAUACUGUAACAAGUGAAGAAGCCCAGGAGCUGUUUGAUAUUGCUGCGGACAAAUUUCAAGAGAUGGCAGCAUUGGCCUUAUUCAAUUGGGGGAAUGUUCACAUGUCAAGAGCUAGGAAGAGGGUCUUUUUCCCUGAAGACGGUUCCAGGGAGACCUUACUGGAACUAAUUAAGAGUGCCUAUGAAUGGGGGAAGACUGAAUAUACGAAGGCUGGAGAGAGAUACCGCGAGGCCCUUAAAUUGAAACCAGAUUUCUAUGAAAGUCUUCUGGCACUUGGUCAGCAGCAGUUUGAGCAAGCAAAGCUUUGUUGGUAUCAUGCUAUUGGUAGCAAGAUCGAUUUGGAGAAUGGGCCUUCUGAGGAGGUGCUAGACCUGUACAACAAGGCUGAAGACUGCAUGGAAAGAGGUAUGCAGAUGUGGGAGGAGAUUGGGGAGCAGCGCCAAAAUGGAAUCUCCAAAUUUGACAAGUAUAAAUCUCAGCUAGAGAAAUUAGGGAUGGACAAUCUAUUGAAAGAACUAUCACCUGAAGAAGCUGCAGAGCAGGCGGCAAACAUGAGCUCCCAGAUAAACCUCUUAUGGGGAACUAUGCUGUAUGAACGUUCUGUUGUGGAGUAUAGGCUAGAGCUACCAACUUGGGAAGAAUGUCUCGAGGUUGCCGUUGAAAAGUUUGAACUUGCUGGAGCUUCUCCAACAGAUAUAGCAGUUAUGAUAAAGAACCACUGUUCCAAUGUAACAGCUUUUGACGGUUUGAGCUUCAAAAUUGAUGAGAUAGUACAAGCAUGGAAUGAAAUGUAUGAUGCUAAGAGGUGGGAGAUUGGUGUUCCAUCUUUUAGGUUAGAGCCAUUGUUUCGUCGCCGGGCUCCAAAGCUUCACUAUAUGUUGGAGUCAUUUUGAUACUUUAUGGGUAGUUGGGCAUUCUUGGAGUGUUGUUAUACAGAUUCUUCAGAUUUUUUGGUGGUCCAUCUUGCAAAAGGGUUACGUUGUUACCAGUCAAAUAUAGGUAAGCAUUUUAUCUGUUCAUCUAGUAACUUUGAACUAUUGGAUUUAAGUCAUGCCAUAUCCUCUUCUGUUGCUUUCUAGUUAUCCUGGAAACUAAUUUCUAGGGUCGCGAGCUAAGGCACUAAGGUAGAGUUUGGUUGGAAUUAUGUGCUUGUAGUAGUUCCAUCAAAAUCCAAAUUGAGGAUGCUCUGAUAAAAAUCUGAUAUCAGUCCAUGCAUAUGCUAACUAGUAGGGUGCCUAGCCUAUGUAGUUGAUUGUAUGUGCAUAGAAUAUGACUUAAAAAAUACUCCAACUAGUUGUGGUUGAAAGUUGAAACAUCUUAGGUGAAGAACUCAACUAUGAACAAACAGAGAUUUAUGUGAUGAAGUACUAAAUCUAUCCACUGCAGACAAGCUGUGCUUGUUGCUGACUUCUGAAGGAAAAUAGGUUGAAGUUAACUUUUCUGUACAUCGGAUUGACGAUAAGUUUCACUUGAUAAAUUAUUUUCCGAUGCUGGGUUGCUUUGAGUAUGAUUUGGAGCUUCUAGAAAUUAGUGUUGUUAGCCAGUGGUUUCUUUAGUUGGUGCUUUGUUUAGUCGACAUUUGCGUGUUCUGCAUUUAUAAGCAGCUUUCUGUGGUUUUCGUCGGACUUGUAUCCUAGUAAUAACCAUAAUUUAUCUAAUAUAAUUCAUUCUGUCAAAUUGGACAUCUGCUGUCUCUGGAUGGUUUCAGCAUGCCUAUUAACCCUUCUCUAGAUAGUCCAUAAAUGAGAACCAAUUUUAAUCCAGGUUUCGUUUAGAUAUCUUGAAGUUGCAGGUAUGAAUCAAAAUUCUUUAAUUCCAUGCGUUCCUGCAUAACAAAUUUGAGCUAAAAAACUAGGUUCAUAUGCAUUACCAUCUAUUGUUCUAGUUUCUACUAUUCCUAUGGCUCUGGAAAUUAUCUGAGCUGCUUUUCUAUACAUGCUUUGAGUGCCCAUGGGGAACUGACUCCUGUUUUGUUUGUGAUUGCAGGUCUUUUUUCUUUUAUUGGAUUUGGAACUUGGGUAAGUUUCAGUUUUACAGCUAUUGUUUGCUCGUGGAGAGCGAAUGAUGGGUGGAGAGUUUGGUGUUCUGGGUUUGGAAAGUAUUGAGCUUUCACCCUCCAUUUUGGCUUGGAGGGGAUUUUGGAUUUGGGUUGUGAAGAACCAGCACAUGUUGCUCACGUUUACUUCCAUACUUUUGGUUGCUUUUCCUGUUCUGGGUGGUUUUGGCUUUUUUUUUUCUUUUUUCGUUAUGGGUUAUAGUGUAAGUUUUUUUUUUUGACGAAUUGUUAUAUUGUAAGUUAAAGGGGUGGAAAUAGAAGAAGGGUAUAUGUUGUGUUUUGUAUCACUGAGAAACAAUAAAGAGUGGUGGCAAAGGGCAAAAAGCCACUGCCUUUUGAUCGUUGUUGUAUAUUUGGGGAUUUGAUGCUUGUGAUAUUCCUACUGUUAUGAAUAGCAUUCAAUUGUUAUUUGUCUUCUCUUAUUGUGGAUGGAAUUCAAGGAUAUAUUCUUUCCGUACUAUGGCGAUAUCUAUAAUCUAAUAGAUUGCAACAUUGUUG